UAGAGAGAGAAGAGAGACGGGAGAGAGAGAGAGGGUACAGCGAAAAGGAAUGGAUUAAAAGGGGCCCCUUUCAUCUUCUUGAUCUUUCUCCCCGACUCGUCUCUCCAUUUUAGGGUUUAGCAGAUCCGAAUCUGCACAAGGUGGAGUUUCAAUCUGAAGCACUAACAAUUAUCUAGGGUUUCAAUCACUGCAUUAUUUUGGCACUAAAACUUCACAGGGCAGUUUCUAUGGGGGAUUCAGACAACAGCUUGCAGCCCUCCAAAAAACGAGCUGCUGGAGUACAAUUAUCACGGGACAAUCCUGGUCUCGACGACAGUGACGAGGAGAGCCCCGAACAAGAGGCGGGAACUUUUAAGAAGGCAAGCGAAGAAGUUUUGGCUACUAGAAGAAUCGUGAAAGUUCGUCGUCAGCAAGCAUCGUCGACCCCUUCAUCAGCCUCAGACCCACCGCCGACUUCGAACCCAUUUAGUUCUAUCUGUCUGGUUCCGACAGAUGCAUCCGGUGUUACAAGCAAGGAACCCGAAGAAUCGAGUGCUGAUGCCGAGUCAACGCAGAGUAAAGUCGACGAGUCAAAUCCCGAAAGUGAAGCCGGGAAAGGUAAGGAAUCCGAGCAGGUCGAAGAUAGCAAAAAUCCCGAGAAUGUAGCCGAGGAAGAAGCUACGGACAACGCAGGUAAAAGCGAGACUAAAAAGGAUGCAGAAACCGACGAAGCGGGAAAGGGAAACGGAGAGGCGACUACCGAGAAGAAACCCGAACCCGCCUCGUUCGGCUCGUUCCGACAUCUUUCGAGUAGCCAGAACGCAUUCUCGGGAUUAGCUCAAACCGGGCUUUCGAACACCUCAUUCACAUUCGGAUCGCUCCCUCAAGACGGGCCUCUCGUCGGGUCUUCGACUCCGGCUUCCCGUUCGAUGCAAGAGGUUCAUGUCGAAACCGGGGAAGAGAACGAAAAGGCUGUUUUCACAUCCGACUCCGUGCUGUACGAAUUUACGGACGGAUCGUGGAAGGAGCGAGGAAAGGGCGAGCUGAAGGUGAACGUCGCCGCAGCUGGCGCCGGAAAAGCUCGACUCAUAAUGAGGACCCGCGGCAACUACCGAUUAAUUUUAAAUGCGAGUCUUUUCCCGGAAAUGAAGCUGACGAAUAUGGACAAGAAAGGCGUCACGUUCGCCUGCGUCAACACUGCCGGAGAAGGGAAAGAUGGACUUUCGACCAUUGCGUUGAAAUUCAAGGAUGCUUCGAUAGUCGAGGAUUUCCGGGCAGCUGUGGGCGAGCAUAAAGGUAAAGCAGCCGCCGUUACUCUGAAAACUCCCGAGAAUUCUCCACAGCGAACGGACGUGUAAGAACUCGCGCUCGCGCACUUGAUAUAUUUAUUGUCUGUCGUCGUCAUCGUUCGCAGGUGGAUAAGGUGUCGAGAGAGUGAUGAAUCCUCGUCCAUGGAGUUAUAAUCAGGUACAUUUUGUUGUGUCAUUGGAAAUCUUUGUUAGACCUAAAUUAAGGUUGUUUUUCGACAAUGUGUAAGAUGGGUUGCGAGUCGGGUCAUGGAGACUUUAUUUUGACGUGGCGAAUAAUUAUGGUCUAUACUUGACUUA